AUGAUGAUCGAGAGUGGCUUUCCACCAGGAUAUUUAGGUGAUGGGCCUGAAUGUGGUUAUGCAAUUGCUGUUCAUGCACAUAUUGAUAAAGUAGCUUGUACUAGUCCAGUUGAAAUAAAAACAUUCACUAAUAAAACUAAAAAAAAAAUGGAUGUGAAAUGUUUGAUUGAAGAAUGUGGUAGUGAACGAGUUGAUAAUAAAGAUUAUUUUAUCAAAGCAACUAUUUUUAGUGAUGUAAAAGAUGAUAUGCAAAUUACUCGUGAAGAGAUAUUUGAUUCAGCAAUAUCACUCUUAAAGUAUGAUUCAUAUGAGGGAGUUAUCAAACGAGCAAACGACACGGCUUUUGGACUUGGUGCUGGAGUGAUAACUAGAGACAUACGACGUGGUCUUACGCUGGCUCAUCAAAUACGACCUGGCUCUAUUUGGAUAAAUACUUAUAAGACUAUAUGCGAUCAAGCACUAUUUGAUGGCUUUAACGAAUCAGGUCAGGAAAGAGAAUUAGGUCGAUAUGGUCUCGAACCAUACUAUCAAAGUGAUCCUGAUAAAGCAAUUGAAGCUGCUGAAAAAGGUUUCCAAUGUGAUUCACCAUGGCGUAAGUCUGAUCCUGCUGCACGUGCUCAGUUAAUUUGUAAACUUGCUGAUUUACUUCUACAUGUUGUGGGUUAUUUAGCAGUAAAAAUGUUCACUCUUGUCGAAUUAGCAAAGAAACGUAUUGUUGGUGAUCCAUUUGAUCUUACAACUGAACAAGGACCAUACGUAUAG